UGCGCCAUUUUAGUGCGUCUCUAGCCAUCCGGCAAGAUGGCGGGCUUGCUUUGUCUACCUGGAUCUGGUUAAUUCAAUAUUCCUGUUUUUUUUCAGUAGAAACCGGUGAGAUUAUCUGAGACAUCAACUCCAAUGAGAGGCGAAGCGCGCCCCUCGUGUCUUCGAUCGGCGAGAGAUGACCGCAGAGAUCAGGAGUAAGAGCAAGUUAAAUACGUUGGUGAAGAAACUGCAUGAAUAUCUCGCCCAUUCAUCAGAGGAAUCUGAAGAAACCAGUUCACCUCCAGCUCCUGACAGAUCACUGGGUAAAAUUAACAAGAGUUUAAUUAAAUUGCACAGAAAGGACCAAGUCAUGGAAGAGCCUGGCAGCUCCUUGGAGAGAGCCAAGUCUCCGUCAUCGUCCCGGUCAAAGAGGAAGCCUUCAGUGGUAACCAAAUACACUGGAAUAGAUGAUACAGAUUCUUCAAAUGAAAGUGGAAAUGAAGAUACAGUGCCCAAUGACAGUGCUUCAGAGAGUAAACUGGAUGUAAAUAGAUUGCCAAAAGGAACAGUGGUGGUUCAGCCAGAACCUGUGUCAAACGAAGUGAAAGAUGAUUUCAGAGGCCCAGAGUUUAGAAGCAGAUCUGGCAAACCUAGACCAGAACUCUCCAAAAAACGAGGAGACGAACGUUUACAUGGAAUUGUCAGCUGCACCGCUUGUGGACAACAAGUCAACCAUUUCCAAAAAGAUUCCUUUUUUCAACAUCCUGUGCUUAAAGUGCUUGUUUGCAAGGCCUGCUUCAAGUAUUACAUGAGUGAUGACAUCAGUAAAGAUGCCGAUGGGAUGGAUGAGCAGUGCAGGUGGUGCGCCGAGGGCGGUAACUUGAUUUGCUGUGACUUUUGUCACAAUGCCUUUUGCAAAAAAUGUAUUUUGCGUAAUCUGGGAAGAAAGGAACUGUCUAGCAUCAUGGACAUCGAAAGCAAGUGGUACUGUUAUGUAUGCAGUCCAGAACCUCUACUGGACCUGGUUACCGCUUGUGACAGUGUGCUAGAAAACUUGGAGCACUUAUGGAGUCAAAGCAAAAAGAAAGCAAAAGCUGAGAAUGACAAAUCAAACCGGGAUGAGAACUCACGCAAGCAUGUGCAGAAAGAUAAAGCUGCUUUAAAUGGGAAGGAGAAUGGUUCAGACAACCUAAGUUCAGGGACUAUUACUUUUUCUUACAAAGCAUUGAAGGUACCAAAAGAACUCAUUAAAAAAACUAAAAAGCUAGUGGAAACCACAACUGGUUUGAAUGCUACUUUUGUCAAAUUCAUACAGCAGGGCUUAGAAGAGCAAGGAACCAACUUGAUUAGAUUAAGACAUUUGAAAGCAUUUAAAUCAGUAUUAACAGAUUUAAAGAAAGCCCAUUCUGCGCUAGAAGAGGCCUUGGAGCAGGAAUUCAAGGGCUUAGAGCUUUUAAACGGAGAUGAGACUGUCUGUGAGGUCAAUAAUGGUAGCUUAAAGCCACAAAAGGAAGAUACUGAUGGUGAGUUGUUUGUUACUGACAGUACAGAUGUUGGCUUUCAAAAAAAAGAUGACCCUGAAGUAGAGGACACUGUAGAUUUUUCUUCAGUGGAUGCUUUGGAAGAAAAUGAACAUGGAAACACUGAGUGUGCUGUCCAAGAUGAUGCUGAAAUGAGAGAAAGUCCCGCACCCUCCCCUGGAGAAACUGACGAGCCCAUGGAAGCAGAAAGUGAACCCAAAGAAAAGAAUUCCCGGGAUUCUGAAAGGAGCUCUGACUGCGAGGAAGAGUCAGCUCCAGCCUGCGAGUCCUCCCUUGAUAAGGAAAUCGUCACGGUGCCUUCUUCUGUCCCUGACGAGCUUUUUGAAAUGGCAGACUCCUCUGUCGACAUUUCUGAUAUGCCAGACGAGAAUGUACGCAGUCCUUUGGAAUCUCGUAAAACUUUGAAAUUGUCCAGUAUAAAUUCGGUUAAGUCCUCAAAUUUAGACACACCCACCGCCAUGGUAACUAAAGAGCUUGUGGUGAAGUUGACCCCUGUGCCACUGGAUGGGUCACCAAGUUCCUCCUCCCAAAGAAAAGAGGACCAGGAAGAUGAAGACUGUGAAGAGGAACCUGCCCAUGAAGAAAAUGAGGACUCGCUUGCACUUGAGGAGGGGCUAGAGAAUAGACAUUCUCCUCGAGUCAAGACUACACCCUUGAGGAGGCCCGCUGACAGCAACAGUGUGCAGACGCACACACCUGACAACAGCGAGAGCGACACAGACCAUGACGGCCCUGGAACUAAGCUGCAGUCCAAGCGUGGGGAGAAGCCGGAUGGGCCAUCAACGAAGGGGAACAGAAAAACAGUAGCACGGCCUGCUCAGUCCAGCAAAAACACAGAAGACUCGGAUUCUGAGGAAAUUCCUGCCAUCCUACUGCAGACAGCAGCAAUGGCUCCCACCUCCCCUGAAGCAGAAAGUAACGAGGGCUCUCCUAAAAGCGUCAAGAGGAAAUGCUUGUUCAGCUUAAGGAAAAGCACCGCGCCCUCUCAGGACAAGAAAGCAGCCAAGCGCAAGUUGAAAGGGUCAUCCUCCGAGUCUGACCCUGAUGUGAAGGGGGUGGCCAAGAAGGCUACAGCUGCAGCCAAAAAAAGAAGGCAGAAAGGUUCAGACUCCUCAAAUUACGACUCUGACCUGGAGAAAGAAAUGAAGAGCCUCAGCAAGCUGGAAGCUUCCAAGAAGGGAAGUCGGCGAUCUAAAAAACAGAAAGAAAAGGAUGAUGAAAAGGUAUCGACUUCCCUCUCUAGCGCAUCGCCAGAUGAAUCUAAAGAAAAGUCAAAGACUGUCAAAGCAAGAAGCAAGGCACAGAAACCCAAGAAGACUGAAGAGUCCUCCUCCUCCCCGUCCUCUUCCAGUGAAGAUGAGAAGGUGCCAGGGGAAGACAGGGGAGAGGGCAGCAGUGACGAUCAGAAGAUUAAACCCAUUGUAGAACAAAUCACUGGGCCCAAAGUUGAAGCAUUUUGCCAGUCAUCAGGGGAUGAAGCAGAGGUCAAACAUGGUCCUGCAUCACCUGCCGACGACGACGACGAUCCGGAGAAUAGAAUCGCAAAGAAAAUGCUAUUGGCCCAAAUUAAAGCCAAUUACUCAUCGGGAGACGACGGCUCUUCGGAUGAGGAGGAAUCGGAGAAAGAUGGCAAGAAAACAACAGAGACCGUGGAAGAAAAGGAGGAGAAUGAAGACGAGGCUUCUGAGUCAGGCUCGGAGUCGGACUUCGAGAUGGCCAAAAAGACACGUUACCGCCAUCGUCUGCUCCGGCACAAACUGUCCUUGAGCGAAGGAGAAUCUGAGGAGGAGAAGUCCACCAAGGAGAAAAAGGAUGUGAAGAGGAAAGCAAGAAGGAAAGUGAGCAGUGACGAUUCUGCCGACUCUGAUUUUGAAGAGUCUGGAGUGAGUGAGGAUAUCAGUGACUCUGAGGGAGAUGAUCAUCGCCCUAGAACCAGAUCUUCAAAGAAAGCCGGGUCUGAAGAGAAUCAACGAAGCUACCAGCAGAAGAAAAAGCGACGACGCAUUAAAGUACAGGAGGAUUCUUCCAGCGAAGAAAAGAGUGGCUCCGAAGAAGAGGAAGAUGGUGAUGGUGACGACGACGACGAUGAAGAGGACGAGGGCAAGGAAGACGACUCCAAGUCCGCGGCGAAGGGCCGCAAGAAAAUCCGCAAGAUUAUCAAAGAUGACAACCUGAGGUCCGAGACGCAGAACGCCCUGAAAGAGGAGGAGGAGAGGCGAAAAAGAAUUGCAGAGCGAGAGCAGCUGAGGGAGAAGCUGAGAGAGGUCAUUGUUGUUGAAGAAGCCUCCCAAGUUACCUGUCCUAUAACAACCAAGCUGGUGCUGGAUGAAGAUGAGGAAACUAAGGAGCCCUUGGUGCAAGUCCACAGGAAUCUGGUCACCAAGCUAAAGCCUCACCAGGUCGAUGGAGUACAGUUUAUGUGGGACUGUUGCUGUGAAUCUGUAAAGAAAGCAAAAAAUUCCUCAGGAUCAGGCUGCAUCCUUGCUCAUUGCAUGGGUCUUGGAAAGACAUUGCAAGUGGUGACAUACCUGCACACCAUGCUGCUCUGUGAAAAGCUGGACUUCAGCACCGCCCUGGUGGUGUGUCCCCUCAACACUGUCCUCAACUGGCUGAACGAAUUUGCUAAAUGGCAGGAGGGCUUGAAGGAUGAAGAAAGUUUAGAGGUGAACGAGCUGGCUACAGUGAAGAGGCCGCAGGAGAGGGCUUACAUGCUGCAGCGCUGGCAGGAGGAUGGCGGGGUCAUGAUAAUGGGCUAUGAAAUGUAUCGCAACCUCACUCAGGGCAGGAACAUUAAAAGCAAGAAGCUCAAAGAAAGUUUCCACAAGACUCUGGUUGACCCAGGUCCAGACUUUGUAAUUUGUGAUGAGGGACAUAUCUUAAAAAAUGAGUCCUCUGCAAUAUCAAAGGCCAUGAAUUCCAUUAAAACGAGGCGGCGAGUUGUUUUGACAGGAACUCCACUGCAGAACAAUCUGAUUGAGUACCAUUGCAUGGUAAACUUCAUCAAAGAGAACCUUCUGGGAUCAGUGAAGGAGUUCAGGAACCGCUUCAUCAACCCCAUCCAGAAUGGCCAGUGUGCCGACUCCACGCUCAGUGAUGUCAGGGUGAUGAAGAAGCGAGCCCACAUCCUGUAUGAAAUGCUGGCCGGUUGUGUUCAGAGACGGGACUACACAGCUUUGACAAAAUUCUUGCCUCCGAAGCACGAGUACGUUCUGGCAGUGAGAAUGACUCCAAUUCAGUGCAAGUUGUAUCGGUACUACCUGGAGCAUUUCACAGGUGUGGGCAGCAGUUUAGAGGGAGGAAGAGGCAGAGCUGGGACCAAACUGUUCCAGGAUUUCCAGGUGCUCAGCAGAAUCUGGACGCAUCCAUGGUGUCUUCAGCUGGACUACAUCAGUAAAGAAAACAAGGGAUACUUUGACGAAGACAGCAUGGAAGAGUUUAUUGCGUCAGAUACAGAAGAGUCUUCAAUGAGUCUGAGCUCUGAAGAGGAGAAGAGUAAAAGCAAGAAGAAGAAGGGCAGAGGGAAGAAGUGUAGCAGCGCGGAGGGGUCCGACAGUGGAAGUGAUCUGGAAGUGAUCAAGGAGUGGAACUCACGGUCUCGUGGGGGAGGCGGUGACAACCCAGAGGGAGGAAGGAACAGACCCGAGCCUGUUGAAGAAGUUAGUAAACCUACCUCAAGUUCAGGCCCAGGAAGUCCCUCCCCAGACUGGCACAAAGAUUUUGUCACGGAGGCAGAUGCUGAAAUAUUGGAGCACUCCGGAAAGAUGGUCCUGCUUUUUGAAAUUCUCCGAAUGGCUGAGGAAGUGGGUGAUAAAGUGCUUGUCUUCAGCCAGUCACUAAUCUCAUUAGAUUUGAUUGAAGAUUUUCUGGAGCUGGCUGACAGGGCGAAAGAGGAGGGGAAGCCUGAUCUAUAUAAAGGUGAAGGAAAAUGGUUCAGAAAUAUUGAUUAUUACCGUCUUGAUGGCUCCACUAGCGCAAUGACAAGGAAGAAGUGGGCUGAGGAUUUCAAUGAUAUAAGCAAUGCCAGGGGGCGCUUGUUCCUCAUCUCCACUAGAGCUGGAUCUCUUGGGAUCAAUUUGGUUGCUGCAAACCGAGUAAUUAUAUUUGAUGCCUCUUGGAACCCGUCAUACGACAUUCAGAGUAUCUUCAGAGUGUACCGCUUCGGCCAAACAAAAACUGUGUUUGUGUACAGAUUUCUGGCUCAGGGAACCAUGGAGGAGAAAAUUUAUGACAGACAGGUUGCCAAGCAGUCUCUUUCGUUCCGCGUAGUGGACCAACAGCAGAUUGAGCGUCACUUCACGAUGAACGAGCUCACUGAACUGUACACUUUUGAGCCAGACCAGCUGGAUGACCCCAAUUCGGAGAAGAAGAGCAAGAGAGCCACUCCUAUGCUGCCAAAGGAUCCGUUCCUCGCAGAACUGCUCCAUAGCUUCAAGGAGCAGAUUGUCGGCUACCAUGAACAUGACUCCCUGCUGGACCACAAAGAGGAGGAGGCCCUGAGUGAGGAGGACCGUAAGGCCGCCUGGGCAGAGUACGAAGCUGAAAAGAAGGGUCUCUCCAUGCGCGUCAACGUGCCAUCUGGGUUUCAUUAUUCACAUCUUAACACGGGCGCUCCAAAUGCAUAUUUCCCCUUCAAUGUAGCUGCACUGACCUCAAUGACUAACCAACAGCUGGAGGACCUUAUAAACCAGGGACGUGAGAAGGUUGUGGAGGCUAGCAAUGCAGUCAAAGCUAUCCCAAGAGAGAGCCUGGAAGAUAUCAUAGGAAUUGUGUGGCAAGAGAACCCCAACCUGAAUGAAGCGCAGGUUCAGUCCAUGGCUCUGGGCAGACAGGCGAGUCUCGAGCUGGAGCUGAAGCGCAGGGAGGCUGUGUACAGAGAUGUCCUGAGCAAGCAGCAAACACUGAUCAUGUAUGUCCAGAAGGUGCUGACCAACCGAAAAGUCCACGAGCAGCAAAUGGCUCUGGCAAAUCGGGCCAACCUGAUGAACCAAAUGGCCAUGCAGAAGGGGGUCAUGGGCGCCCAUGGCUUCAACCAGCUGGAUCUGCUGAGCUUGUACCAGCAGCUCAGUGGUGGCCUGCAGCCUCCAGGUCUGCAGAGGGUUCCAUCUCCCACAACUCAGAUGAGGAGCAAAAACCCAGGUCCGUCUCAAGGGAAUUAGAAAAGGCAGGCACUUGCAGUUUGGGAAGUGCAACAGAACAAGUGAUUUUGAAGUCCGUACUCCUUAACAGACUCCAACAGCUGAAUUAUACAGCACCACUCCAUCUAGAAGAAAGGCUGUCCUGAGAUGUAUGCAAAGCUUGAAGACAAUUUGAAGGGAUUUUGCAAUUGUUUUGAAAUUGUAUAUAUAGCCUUAAUGUUAUUCUAGAUAUCAUAUUCUCUUUUAAAUCUUUUAAAUAGAUUUUUUUCCCCCAAAAAAAUGCUUUUGAAGUUUAUAUUAUUUUAUCGCCUGUAAUCUCCCGGACUAUGGUUUUAACUCCAAACAAGCUCACACACACUAAAAGGAAAAUAUUGGAGAAAGUAUAGGACUUCCUCAUAUUCUGAUCCAGAAUGGUUUCUUGGGACCACAGUACUGCUCGCUACACAUUUAAUUUAAAAACAAUCAGGUGGAAUAAAUAAAUCUAAUGAAAUAAAUUCCGCCUGCAGUUUUCUUGACGUGUUAGUACAGUAUGUUUAUCUAGGCAGUGGUCCUUUUUUUACCUUUCUAAAAAUUCCCUGCAUUUCCGGCUGGAUGUGACCUGAACUUUUAUUUUGUGUGCACGUACAGUACAGUUGCAGAUGGUAUGAACACCCUUUUUUAAAAUUAAUUUAUGAACUGCUGCCUUGAAGAGAGGUGUUCCUUCCCUUCUAAAAUACUUUUGCCAAUCUUUAAUUAGUGUUUCAUGGUGAAUGAUAUGGUAAUUGUCUCCAGGAGACAAUUGUAUCAACACCAAAAAGGAAAAAAAAUGUUGCAGCCUUAUAAUUAGUUCUUAUACAUAAAUACAGAAUUAUUAAUAAAUGUGUUGAAUAUUGGACUUUUUUGUAUAAUGCUUAGAGGUGAUUAUUCUAGAUGUUGCUAAAUCAAAAUAAAUGACUGCCUGUGUUGUGUUUCAACUGCUUGCUGUAUUCUAUGAACUUUUGUAAUCUCUUUGAGUUUUUGUUGUAAAGUGUUAAUUAGCAUAGUACUGUGGUACUGUUCCUGGUUUUGUCCCACUUGUGUAGUUGUUUUGGCACAUCUAACUUCAAAUGCUGAAUUUGCGCAGCUGUGAUGACAGUUUGAUUAAUUGAAAACAAUGUAAUUCGUACUGGAGACCAGAGCUCCUCUAAUUGCACAAGGUGUAUUUUAGAAAAUGUACAGGGACUCUUUUUCUCUCCCGAGAAUGUUUUCAUGCUAGAAAUACACCUAACUGUGUUUUGCCAUUAACCUGCUAUUUACUAGAUACAUAUUUAAUAUCAAGAUUAAUAAAGUGACCAAAAGGUGUUUUUCUUGUA